AUGAGCGAUUUGGAGCGUGUUAGGUCUCCUGUUUUUCCAUCAGAAAUGCCUAUAGGCAUACCGAGGGAUGCAACGCCGUUGACCAAGACAAGCACCUUGCAGGUAUUUAUCCAGUUGGCUGAGCCUACGAUCUUUCUGCAAGGUUUUGGCUCCACUCAGUGGGAGGGGAAACCACCAGCAAUACUUAGGGGUAGUCUUAUACUUCGGGUGACUAAAUCGACGAAGUUGAAAUCAGUGAACUUGACAUUCAAAGGAACGUCCAAGACUGAGUGGCCCGAAGGUAUUCCUCCGAAGAAGCAAGAGUUUGUUGAAAUUAAUGAUAUUGUAAAGCAUACAUGGCCAUUUUUUCAGGCAGAUAUGCAGCAAGUUCCCAAUAACCAGUCAACAGAUCCAUCAGAUUUGUUAAAGGGGAGUAACGCUUCACUCUAUAGGUCUUUUGAAGAAGAGUUGGGUGGAAACUCCACAGCUUCGUUUCGAAGACCAAGUUUGGUGAAAUCUGUGAAUAGUAACAGUAGCAAUAAUGGAGGCAGGUCUCUGUCCCCUAUUGGACAGUUUUUACGGUCAACUUCGAAAGAUAUUCCGAACGUUAAGAGUGUUUCUGAGACGUUCAGUGACAUCCUCUCAAUCAGCGAUGUCACUUCGGUCAAAUCCAAUGGUACAGGGAAUGGGCCCAGUGGCUCUGCAAGUCCAGGAACGUUUAUUUUCCACCCCGGUGACUACAUCUUUUCGUUCGAGCAUGCCAUUCCUUUGUCGUACCCAGAAACUAUCUCCGCAACUUUCGGACAGGUCGAAUAUGCACUUCUGGUAAAUAUUGAGCGUCAAGGUGCUUUCAAAUCGGAUGUCAAUGCAAAGUUGCCUGUGACUCUUGUGAGGACGCCGUCUGACAGCUCUGUGGAGGAGACAGAACCAAUUGCAAUUUCAAGAGACUGGAACUCACAUUUACAUUACGAUAUUGUUAUCGCAUCUAAAGAUAUAGUGCUUGAUGCAUUCUUACCUAUUGCGUUCCGUGUUACGCCUAUGGAUAAAGUUUCUCUCCAUAGAAUAAGAGUCUUUUUAACUGAAACUCUAGAGUAUUAUUGUAAAGGUAAAAAGGUUCACCGAUUGGAACCUACUAAGAAAUUUUUACUCACCGAACACAGAGCUCCGCCACUUAAGGACAUUCCUCCAGACGCAAAUCCUACAAAAGCGAAAUAUCUGGGAAACCUCUUGGAAGACGAACAUGGUGAUUUAGUCUCGAAAGAGUUCGAAUACCAAGUCUUUUUCCCUGAAAGACUUAACUACCAACAAAAAAUACAUCCAGAUACUUCCUAUUCCACUAUAAAAGCGAAUCAUUGGAUUAAAAUAAGUCUCAGGUUGUCUAAAAAUGUGGACGGCGUCAAGAAACACUUCGAAAUCAGCAUAGAUUCGCCGAUCCAUGUUUUGAAUAAACUUUCGUCCCAUGCUAACACAUUAUUACCAAGUUAUGACACGCAUGCACUGAUUCCAAAUCACAAUUCUUCAUCGUUUGGUGGAUUCGAAUUUAACAUGUAUCAUCAUCAUGAUUCUAAUUUCUAUUUCCCAAAACAAGUUGUCAAUUCACCAGUUAUGUCACCGGAUGUACAACCAUUGGAUGAAAAGAUUGGUCUAUCACCUAGGUCUCUAAGUCCUGUUUCUCAUAAUAAGAGCAACCUGGGCCUAUUCCAACAUAAAAACUCAACACAUAGUGAACUUUCUAUUGCAGAUAUUAGCUUGAGGAAUAAAGUUUUGCAAUCUCCAGAAUUGUCUUCUAACAUAUAUCAGCCAGAACAUAUUCAUGCGGAACUCGCAUCACCUCAAGCAAUUCCUUUAUCUCCAAUAACAUCACCCACUUGGGCCCCCUUGCCGCAUAAUAUUCAAGGUAAUGGUUUUGGCCUAUCUUUAGAGGAUGAUAUAUUACCUCCAUUCCAGGAACACAUGGCAAAUUCUAAUUGUUUACCAGUUCAUCCUCCUUCUUAUGCGGAGUCCAUAUCUACUAAUACGACUAAUACUACUAAUACAAAUGACACAUCGGAAUCGAAACACUCAAAGGAAAAUAGUGAAUCCUCUUCUUUGAGAAUUCCUACAAUUAUCCUUCCAAAUAACAGUAACAAUAAUAACAACAGUAACCUUAACAACCAGCAUGAUAUGAACAGUGAGGAUAUUGCUGAAGAAUUUCAUUUCAGUGGCGGAGAAAAUGGAUCUAUGAAUUUUCCUGUUGCAAUUAUGAGAUCACGUUCUCCUCUUGACAAGGCUUCUCAAUCAAGGAGGUCAUCUUUUUCUCAUAGAAGACGAAGUAGCAUAGCUACUCAAGAUGUGUUACCAUCUACAAUUAAAAACUCCAGUUCUUCAUUUAACGACCUUGAAAAUGUACUCUCAGCAGCUGGUAAUGCUGAAAACAAAAACUCAGAAAUAUCGCCCCAUUCUUCUGCAGAUACAAUUCAAAAAUUGGAACCGACUGAUUCUCAUCCCAAUUCUCUUUCGAGCCAGCCUUUGUUGCUCCGUCAAUCUACGUCACAAGACGACCAAGAAAGUAAAGGAUCGCUUGACCUCACCACUAUGUUAGGUGUUGAACGUACAUCCUGGCAUCCGCUACAAAGUGAUUACUCAAUUGCACCUGUCUUUUCUCAGUCUUACUCUAUGAAUGUGCUUCAAACAAACCAUGCACUUGAAGAUUUUAAACAUAAUCUCGAAUCUUAUAAACAAACAGAAUCCCCAUCAACUCCAAACACAUCGGAUCCUAUAGACCAUGAAUUAGUAAAUACAUAA